AUGCGUAAGUUAUUGAUACUUGCACUACUGUUAUAUGACAUCGUUGCUUUGGCUACGAGAUCGGGUAAUUUCGAUUAUGAUGAUAUUGAUGGCAUUAAAAGGCAUUCAUUCUUCGAUGAGAGACGAAACUGGAGAAAGAAAGCCUUGCUAAAACAUUCAGAAUUUGAACACAAAAACUGGGAUGAUAAACGAAGGCAUGAUUAUAAUACUGCCAGAUAUUUAGAUGAACACGAAGCGAAAUUGUUUAGUAAUAUCGAUGGACUACGAGACCUAGACUUCACAUCAAAUUUUAGAGGACAAAAACAUUACGACGAGCCAGAUAAGGGUACUAUGUUCAAGAGCAGUGAAAUACAUUCUUCAGCAUAUUUGAAAAAAGAUACAGAUGAAAAGAAUAUUAUUAGUUCCAUAAACUGUGAAAGGCCACAUGAAAAAUAUGAAAAUUGUUUCGCGGGGUGUGCAGCAAUCACAUGUGACAAUCCACGCGAUAGGUUACGGCCAUGUUAUCCAUUUUGCGAGGCUGGCUGCAUUUGUGUGUCUCCAUACAUACGAGAUGAUCGAACGCAUAAAUGUGUUUUACCCGAUGACUGUAGCAGAGGACUAAAAGGCAUUCCUGACCUUGGAGAUGAAACGUGA